AGCCUCUUGGCCAACUGCGCGGUACGAGGUUAUAAAAGUGAGUGCCAGUGCAGGAAUAAAUCAGAAGCUGUUGCAGUCGUUGGAAGUAAAAACUCAAUCAGUUUUCAGGGAAGUGACAUUUUCCAGGCAAGUGUGAGUUUUGAUAUAAUUUUGUAUAAUAUCAUGCUGCAGCACAAAUCAACCACUUACAUAAAGGUCACCUACAUUAUAUAUCCACUCGUGUCUUUUGUAUUCUGUGUGGCUUGUUGGUAUUAUAAUAUAGGUUUUCAAGAGGGUUUUCGAACAUCAAAGCAUGUAUUUCUCAAAGUCGCAAGCUAACAUUUGCUCUCGUUAUUUUUCAGAAAGUAAACCAUUCACAAGUCAUGAAUUUUGCUUUGGCUUUGUUUCUGUUGUGGUGCGGCCUGACUAUUGUUGAAAAUUUUAAACAGGUAUAUAAAUAUCUUUCUAUUCACUUCGUAGAAACUUUAACCCAUUAAGUUGCAUUGCGCCAUAAUUCUCCCUACUCGGUUAUUAUUUUUUCUGUCUAACGCCAAAUUAUCAUUUAGUCUUAGUUAAUUAAUCUGGUUGCAACAUGAAAUAUAUUUAAUUUAAAUCAGUUUCAGUAGCACAGCAGCUGAUGCAUAAAGGGUCCUCUAAGAAGUUUAGAACUGAUAGAGCUGUAUGUAUACCGAUUGACCAAUAUAUAGCACGGCUUUUACUGGACCGCCUUUAUAGCUAGGUAGUUUGGUUCAGGUUUUCUCCUGAGAGCAUUAGGCAAGACUAUGACUACUAACUGGACAUCUAGGGAGAUUAGUCUACAACUGGUAACACCAUCUAUAAAUAUAGUUUAAUUUUGGUUUCUCCCAAAAGCAACAGAUGGGUUAAUUGACCGUUAUGGAGAACAGUUAGCAAUCUAGAAAUUAUAGAGCCUUUUCGCCUUUGACUCGAGCUUGUAUACAGUAUAUGGUCACUCAUACUAUAUUACUUAGUUCAUGCACAAUAGAGCUACAUCGUUUGUAAAGUUAGGGAGGAGUAAACUGCAUGGAUGCUCAAUUAGCCAUUGUAUAAUUUAUGCAUGAUUGCUGGCGGAGGUAUGUUGCCUUCGAGUGCCUUCGAGUGCCUUCUAGUAUUAAUUGAUUUCAUUCUUCACUGUAGCGUAUUCCAGCAAUGAAUAGUUAUGAUCCUGGUACUUGUAACAAGGCAACUCAUGGGAAGGAAGUUUUGGUCAAAGACAGAACUGAUGAAGAAAUAAUUCUGAUUUGUGUCAAAGAUGAAAAUGUUUAUCAGUGGAAACCCACGGAUGGUAAGUCACGGCCAAAAAAAUUAAGCAAAAUUGCCUCGUAUGUGAGCCUUAGCUUUAACAUAAAUUUUGACAUGUUACGUUGGCAAAAACUUUAAUUCGAACUAAUUAUCCAACCCUACUGAAACAUUCAUCGCAUUAAUGAAACACGUACAUUCAUGAUCCAGCAUGAUCAAUUCUUUAUCCAGCCAUAUAGGAUUUGGUCAAAACUUUAUCCAGUCCUAGGACUAAAAUCAAAACAUAUGCAAAAAUGAAAUAUUUCAUGCAAUGCCAUACUUCUUAUUCUUCAAGGUUCGAAGAACACAGUGGGCGAAUUUUUCAACCCUGGUCAUAAUUGUUCUGAUAUUUUGGACAGGCUUGAAGACGCUAAAGAUGGAUUUUACUGGAUCGCUUUGAAACGAUCAAAUCCCGUGAAGGUUGGAGUUUUUAUUCACUUUUUGUUUAGUUUUUCUUUUCAAACUUUUUGCUCCAUGUUUUGCGGUUUAUAUACCAUAUCUCUUGUUUUCAAUUUUCAAAAUCUUUCUCUAAAAAAACACUCUAGCUUUGGAUGAGCCAAAUCGGAAAUUUGACCAAUUUCCUGGACAUUUCAUGUUUGACCAGGAUUUUGGUUCAUUUAACUAGAAAAUUCUUGUUAGGUUAACCAGACUAUAUAUGUAGAUAUAAUACUUGGUUAUAGACUUGGCAUGCCCAGCAUAAUCCUGGUUACCUUAACCAAAAUUUCCUCGUUAUAUAGAUCAACCAAAUACGAGGGUUCAUAUAGUAGGGUUUUUAAAUCCCGAAUCAUGUCCUCAAAUUUUGUCAUUGUUCUGUACGCGGUUUCUGUCAAUUUUUCAUCUCGCGUAAUGCGGCUUUUUAAAAUCCUAAAUCCCGCCAUUUUUCUCAAAUUUUAUCUUCCCUCUAGGUCUUUUGUGACAUGACGACAGACGGUGGGGGAUUCAUGUUGGUUGGCCGCAAACGUGAUUCCGUCACGUGGACAGUUCCAUCCAAUAACAGGACAGUUGAACCGUACGGUGAACCUCAUUGGUCGAGCUCCCUGGGUGAUGCACCAAUCCUAGAUUUCAGAGUGCAGAUGGCGACUAGCGAGGAUUUUAAAGCAACAAAGGCACACUGGUAGGUUUCAGGAGGAUCUAAUCAAGCUAAUUUAGCCUGCGCGCAGUCUCAAACGAUCCCAUGAGCUCAGUAAAUGGACCUCACUUAUUGUUUCACUUUGUAGCACAGUUGUUAAUGUCUUUGCCUUUCAUAUCUGUGACCAGAGUUUGAUUCCUGCAGUAUGUAUAGUUAUUAGAUUAAAGUCUAUUGACUCCGCAAAACAUGAUAGGUGGAACCUCUUCGAGGAAGAACAAAUAUAGAAACAGAUUGACCCAGAUCUUCAUUGAGUCGAGACACGUAACUAAUGAAAAAUAAUAUUGGCAAUUUGUUAAGGUCCUAUAGAUUACGAUCAAAACGUCCAUUGAAGAAUCUAAUGAUGAAUACUGCUGGCUGUGAUCGUAGAUCAGCUGGGAUUGGAGAUAUUGCUUACGUUAAAGAUCUUCUAAGUAAGAGCAUUGUUACUACAAAGUUACGAUGCUCCAAAUUUGGUUUUGCCUAUCACCAUUUGGUUAAAUUUGGAUGGGUAUGUUCUAUGUAUUCACAUGAUAUGUAUUUGUAUGUUUGUAAACUGUUUACACUGGAUCAGAUUUGACUGGAUAUGUAUUUGUGGUUCAAGCCCGGCUCUUCCACUCAUGCCAGCGGAAUUUUGUUUGUUUUUAAUUUAUUUCAGAAUAAGAUGAAUUCAUGUUUGCAAAAACCAUGUCCAUGGGGCUUUGCCUUUCAUGAUGUUGUAAAGGAUCAAGUUGAUUUCUACGGAGGAUUUAGGUUAGACCUCCUCUUAUUCUAUAUGCCGACAUCUUGAAUUAUUUAGCAUGCAUGCAGUCUCAUUGUUUGAUGUCAUGCAGACUCUAGUAUAGUUACGACAUCAUCACUUGUAAUAAUGAUAUUUUUCCCAAACAGUUUCAGUACUGCAGGAAGCAUUUCUGGCAUGGAAUACAACGCAACUGCUUCAGUAGGAUGCGACAAUGGAUAUGUAAGAACAUUUACUUUACAAAAUAUAUUGGAAAACCUUGCUUCCUACCAUAUCUUAGAAAACCUUGCUUUAUAAUAUAAAUCUUACAUCUAUACAUACAACUGGGUUGAUUUGAAAUUAUAUAUAUUAUCUGCGUCCGUCAUAUGUGGAAAUUAAUUUCAUGCGAAUUACUCUGCUUAGUCUGCUAUUAACAGAGCCUUGCAACUGGAACAUAAGACCAUCUAGUAGGGUAAGGAUUGAGUAUUACUUAAAAACUAAACCAUUUACGAGACUAACUUUAAUUUUGCACAUAUACAUGACAUCUCAAUUUAAUACAAUAAACUAUAUAUACAGUAUAGUAAAUACAGUCACAAGCGUUAAAAAGUCGGUGCUAUUAAUUUCGAUUCGAUAUCAAUAAAACCUAUAUUCGCUAACUGAUUUUAAUUGAACUCGUCCAAUGUCAUGGCGUAUAUUAAUUAACCGUUUGAAAGGUGGGAAACUUGUUAACCUAGAAUAUUGUAUUUCUCUUACAUAACUAGUGUUGUGGUUGCUACGGUCCUGUGGGAGGUACGAAAGAUUACUGUGCUGGACAUUGUAAAGCCAUUAAUGAUGGCAUAGUUACAAAAACUGUGUUCACGUGGUUUUGGGUGAGAUCCAGUCUUCCUAAGAGACUCUGGAAGAAAUGCAUGGAUUAUCAAGUGAAGAAAGAUAAUGGGAAAUUGAUCUCGUAUAAGUUGGUUGGACACAGUGUUAUUCCUGUUGAGGUAAAGAUAUAAGACACUUGAAAUCUUUAUUACGUCCUUGAGUUGGACAAACUUUUCAUGAAGUCCUAUGACUGGACGAAGUAUGCAUGAUCCAGUCCCAGGAAUGGUUAAAAUUAUCAAUUCCGCCUAGCCGGACUAGAUAUAGACUAGGAAUUAUGAAGUUUAUUCAAUUAAGGUUGUCCCCGAGCAAAGCGCGGAAAAGUCGAAUACGAGCGCGAAAGGCUGCUGGGAAUCGCUAAAAAAUUCAUUAAUUUGUUAGCGAUUCCCAGGAAGCCUUUCGCGCUCGUAUUGGACUUUUCCGCUUUGCUGGGGGACAACCUUAAUUGAAAUAGCUGUAUACAAAUAUUUUAAAUCGAUAAUGUUAUUUCUGCAAGCAAUAGUUUCCAUAUUUUAACAGUAAACUUUCACUAUUCUGUCAUGCAUUGACUGAGUUUGUUAUAUGAUUUAAAAAAAUUCCAUGAAAAUAAUUCAUGUUGAUGAUCGUGUUUUUUUGUCAAGGGUCGUUGCGGAAAAGACUUCACACUUCUACACGAUGGGGUAAGUUGGAAUUUUAAGAAAUAUCUGAUAUUAAUAUAUUCGUUCAAUUAUCAGCUUUCAAUAUUCAACUACUGUAGAAGUAAGGAGAAUGAUGUAUUAGUAUUAUUUUACUCAAGGUUUAUAUGUAAUAGGUAAAGCACCCGGAGGAGUGCUUUAUCAGAUAUAAAACACGAGUGCGCAGCACGAGUGUUUUAUAUCUGAUAAAGCACGACUACUACUUAAAGCGACCCAUUUAUAUGUUAACGUACUUGUAAAAUGAAUUUAUUUGUUUACUUUAUUAGUAUGCACUGCCCAUGGGGACAAUCUCACGCUUUAUUAAUAUGCAUUUAAAAUCUGAAUUAAUAUUCAUCAGACUUUCAUAAACAUCCCUCUAACAUGACUUACUGAUCUUUAAUGCAGUUUACAAGUGUGUACAUGUGACCUAAAUACCGCGUCGUGAUUUGUUUGUAUAUAGCCUUAUUAAUUAUUCAUGCAUUCAGUACAAAUUUAAAUGUUAUUAAUAUUUUUUUAGAUUGUAGUCGUACCAGACUCCUCUGCCGCGCAGAAAGUGCCUGCUAUUGAUGGUCUACUGGAAUAUCGCAAGGACAAACAAGAACUUUAUCUCAGAUCGAACAAAACAUGGAAUGUACUGGCCCCAAAGGUAGGACUGUAAAACUUUUUAAAAAUCGAAUCACACCUUAUUGGUCAAUUUAUCUUUGUCCUUUCACACAUGCGCAGACAUGACACUCUAAGCUAAGGGUCCAGUGUUUUAGAAUUAUUACUGUAUACUUGAAUAAAAAACACACUUUAAUUUUGUAGCAUAUAUCAUGUAUUUAAUAUUUAGUAGCUUGUAUAAUUUCGCUUUUGUUUUGCUUUAAACUAUGCAGGAGACGGACAGAACACACAAGUUAAAUUUGGAUAAGAUUACGAAACUCGAGCAGAACUUGACAAAUGUAAGUUAUCGCAAUUUACGUAUCAUGUAGGGAAUAUUAUCUAAUUUUUCUAAAAAGCUAAUAAUUCUAAUUAUUACUUCCUACGGUAGUGAUAAUGUUGGGGUUACUGUUACCCUUUGGCUUUGGCUUUGGGACAACCAAAAGGUUUUUGGUAUAUCUGCUCUAGUGCCUUUGUUUCCAUGCUUUUCCGGCAAUUGUGGAUAAGUAUACUGUCCCAGUACCUGCACGGAGACACAAAAUUUUGUAUCCAAUUUUUUUGGUAGCCAGUAGAAUCUUUCCAUGCAAGAAUAGUAUAACAUAGUCAUACUUUUUGUUCCACUAAAUGGUUUUAAUACAUCAUUUUAUUUAUUUAUUAUUAUCAUCCUGUUUAGUUGGAAAAUCUAGUAAAGAAACAAGAUAUCGAUAGUUUAAUCACUAAGCUGGUGAAAGGGGGGUGUAAGUAGAAAACUAAGUAUUAAUCUGUUGUCUCGAGCGGAAUGUGGUUGAACUCACAUCUUCGCGGAUUUCUAGACCUGAGCCAAUGGGAUUGGAAGCGAAUUUUAUCCAGUUUUUCUGCACGAAAUAUUCACGUAACGACUUUUAUAAAACUCUUCUCUUAGAGAUAGGACGUGCUGUGUUUUAAUUCAAUAUAUUACUGAAUUGCCUUCAAAAAUUGAAAACUAUUUUCAUAUUGAGAAUUGAUAUUAUUAAUAUUAAUCAUAUUGUUAAUUUCGUUUGAAUUGAUUUUAUAAUGAUUUAUUCUUCACUAAAUCAGACAGAACAAAUACUCCCAAACCAGAAAGCCUCAGCGUGACGAUUAGCCUACAUGCAUGGCAGAUGGUACCCACGAAGGAUUAUCUGAAAGACAUACAGGACGUCUUGUGCUAGAACCCCGCCGCCACAAAUGAAGUUAAAACUCAUUACUAAUUCCCAUUUCAGUUUCUCUCUUAAUAAUGAUCGGUCUCAUUAAACUAAUUUAGUUCUGCUACCACAACGUAAAGAAUGCUUUGGAUAUAAAUGGCUGAAUGAAAGCAGCAGAAACAAAAAAUCUCGAGCUGCCAACAAUUGUGACGAUCGUCUUUCCACGGGAUGGUACAGAUUUGGAGGCGGAGCUGGGAUCAAAAUUCUGACAUCAUGUUUACGCUCCCCACAAUGUGGAGCUGCUAGCCCAGGUUGGAUGAAUGGUACUCACCCUACAGUUGUUCAAGGAAAGGUGACUAGGAACAUGUGUUUUGGUUGUGGUGGCUAUUGUUGUUAUGCGCAUACAUAUAUCGAGGUUGUGAAUUGCGGACAGUAUUAUGUGUACAAACUAGAUCGUCCUCCUCAUUGUAAUUUAAGAUAUUGUGGAUCAGAUAAUUAAUGCAGAUUGUUCCACGUACAUAUUACACGAAGCAUUUUCACUACUUACGGGCGGGAGAUUGAACUGAGAUUGGAUUUGAUUAGACACCAACUCUCUAAUAAACUCUCCUUAUCUAAUAUAUAGACGUCCCAGUCAAACUAGACUCUUUAUUGAGCAUCUCUGUAAGAGCUAUAAAAGAUGAAGAAUUUCGCUAUCUCACUUUACAAUCUGCAAGGAAGUGUCGUUAAAACUAAGCGUAAAAACUGCUGCUAUAAGAUUGAACAGCCCUCUCUAUAGGGUCCUUAUCUUAUAAACGCCCCCCUUUGAAGUAUGAAAAUUUAAUCAACACCCAGGUCCCAGGGUGUUUUUUUUUAAGGUGUUUUACAUCAUUUGUGGUAUCCUAUCAUUAUUAGUUGAUUUCAGUUUUGUCGAAUGUUUUGUUAUCAGUAUAUAGAUAUACGAACAGUUAAAAGCAAAAACAGUUCAUGGAACAUAGACUUCAUAAUUAUCAUUGUUGCACGCAUAUAUUGUAGUAUGCAUAUACUAGCAAACUGAGCAAAAUAUAUAAUCUGCAUGCAUGGAAAAACGUUUCGGAUCUACGCCUAUAGGCGAUAAUCGUCCACUGAAAGUGAGACGGUAAUUUGCUGAAUGCUAGCUGGUUCAUACGCCGGGACUGGAUUAAUUUGGAACUCUGGACAGAUGAAACAGGACAAAUUCUGGAGCAUUCGAGCAACUUGCAACGCAACUUCUAACACAGACUAAGAGCCAUGUUAUCAGUAGUGUGACAGAGGAAGAGGGGGCUCUUUAUCCCCUUAGGCAUAUUUGGUGCGGGGGCCCCUGUUGACUGUUGUCAUUGUUUGACUGACAUAUUAUAUUUAUAUUGAAUAUUUACAGAAUGUUCUGGAAAAUUCCGUGUCUAUAACAAUAACAGUCUCCAACGGCAACACAACUAAUAAGAAUAACUUUUGUUUUAUUUGAGAUGGAAAUGAUGGAAUAACAAAAUCAGUUACCAUUGUCGAUGUUGUGUCCAUGGAGGCUUUAUUAUUUAGCAUUAUUAAUUUUGCAUUUUUCCAUUGAUUCUUAACUUGCAUUUUUUACGUUUUCUAAUUUUCUGGGCGAUAGGCCGUGGCUGGUGGGGCCCUUAACUGUCGGGGGCCCUUAGUUUCUUAACUAACUCUACCCAAUGAGCGUUAAGCCACUGGGAUGAUGUUGUCUAUAUAAAGUAUAGUCGCAGGAAAACUCCUGUAUAGUAUGGCCUACCAUUUACUCCGCCGGCGUUUCAUCACAUUUCUUUCAUUUCUCAUCCCUUACUGUAAGAGUAUGUUAUGCAAAGAAAGUGUCGGCAGAGUAGAAUGCGGCUUUUUAAAUACUUGUGACUACUUUUAAAUAGCAUGGCUCUGUAUCUGAAAUAGACCAAUUCGGCUAACGUUUAUUUAUACCCAAUUCACAACUUUAGAUGCUAUAACUCACAUGCCUAUACAUGCAGGGUGUAUAAAAAAAAACGCAACCUCGGAAUUUCCUAAGAAAUUACUUUGCAAUUCCUAAGCAUAAAAGAUUUUAGGCCCCUGGGAAUUGAAAUCGAAUUGCUAAUACAGGGUGUCUCAAAAAAAACCAAAAUCAUUGAAAUUGACGUAUUGUUCGAUAUUCAAUGCCCUAGCACUAAGUUAAUCCCACGAGUGCAUAAAAGAUUGACAUAAGUACAUAACUGCUAUAAUGAAUGGUAAUACUCAGCGUAAACUUGUUAUGUCAGGCAUAAAGUACUAAACCCACGAAUGCAUAUUACGCAUAUUACAAUUUACGAAGCAUUUUUAAAUUCCCAUGAGCAAACAAACGUUCACUUUACAAAGAUAUUUUAAUUUUUUAAAACAAAUUAAUCCCCCUGUCAAAAUCCUUUGUGUUACGGCAUUGAAAUUCGAACAAUACGUUAUUUCAAUGAUUUUGGUUUUUUUUGAGACACCCUGUAGAUCAUAUUACUGUUGUUGUGCAUUAAAUAAAUGCAUAAAUUUUGCUUUAUGCACUGGCGUGUGCAGUAAUUUUGACAGUUGUGCUAUUUUAAAUUCCCAGGCGCCUAAAAUCUUUUAUCUUUAAAACAAUGUCGAUUACUUGGGAAAUUCCGAGGUUGCGCUUUUUUUGAUACACCCUGUAUAUAGUUACUAUUGUUGUAGUUUACAGAAGCAUAUAGAUUAGAACAAAGGUAUAUACAGUAACUAAGCUUUACUGAGGGGAUGAUUCGCAUCGGGAAAAAAUCUCGAACUGGACCUGGGUGUGGAACCCAGGUGGACAGAACAUGAAGCGGAACAAGCAGCGACAAAAGCAAAACUGACGAGAAAGGGUUGGAAAGCAUGGGUGGGAAGCUCGAAGCAGCUGAUCGCGAACGCCUCGUUGCUGGCUCUUCAUUAUAUAUUCACAAUUUAUAUUCAUACAACAACGUGUUAUGCGCAACAGUGUGGGCGUAUCUUAAUUCCCAGUUAACUUCCUUUUAUUGUGCCAAUGAAACACAAAUUUAAAACACAAAAGAACGAUUGAAUAAUUAGUACAUGGCAUGGUAUUUUCCUUUUGAAUCAUAUAGCGGCUAGCCUAUAGGCAGAGCAUAGAAUUAAAGCUUGCUUAAUUAAACUCCUUUUAACCAUGCAUGGCGAGGCUUACAUGCAUUUUAAGAUUUGCCUUAUAUUUUGCUGAUAUUUCGCCAGGACAUUAUUUGA